CUCUUCGAGCGUCUAACUUUUAGUCAUAUUUUUGAUUUCAAGCUGUUCACUUCAACAUGCUGAGCUGAUUAUCAAUCACACAAUCACUGUAACAAUUCAAUAGUUAGUAAACUAUUUCGAAACAAAUUGUGGCAGUGCCAAAGUUUCAAAAGAAGAGAUGUUAAUAAACAAGGAAAAUUUCCCCUACAGAAUGGGAUUAUCGCCGUUGUACUUCCUGCCUCCACCAUCAGUGAGCGUGACAAAUGAGCGGCUUGGAUACUUUCCAGUAACUCCACCGUACCAUCAACCGUACGAUUACGUACUACCGGCAAUGCAAUCGCCGCCGCAGACUGCCCCAGCGGUACCCGCUGCGACAUCCUCGUCAUCUGCCCUGGCCGCGGUAGACAACGGCCAAUCGCUCUAUUUUUACAUGAAUGCAGCUGGAAAGGAGGAAAUUGCAUCGGUACCAUUAUCGCCACCGCACACGCCACCGCUUUUGUACGCAACCCACAGCAGCGCAAGUAUCCUGACCGGAAAUGGCACCCAUGGGGGAAGUGGCAUCGAUGCAGCGGCCCUUCGGCCCAUCGAUGCGAACGCCAAUCAAUACGGAUUAUCCGAUCUAUGGAUAGGAGACAGUGGCCACGCUAAUGGCGGGAGCUACUUCAAUCGCAAGGACAACGACGAUGGCACUGACGGUGACGGUAACAGUGAAAAUAAUAGUAAUAAUAACAUCAGCAGUGUCGGUGCCGAUGAGCACUUCUUCCGGCCGCGGAAUUCCGUCAUCAUGAAGGUGGAGAAUCAGCAGGUAGUGCCGUUGCUCGAGCAGAAAGGAUCCCAAGCGGUGGAAGAAUUUAUGUGCCGUUGGGAGAAUUGCUACUGUGUGUUCUUCAAGCUAGAGGAUCUUGCAAGUCAUGUUACGCAAAAACACGCGGUUGUUGGCCUUGCAGGUUUAUACUACUGCCGCUGGGAGAACUGCCUACGUCAGGAUCGGGGUUUCAAUGCCCGUUAUAAGAUGCUGGUGCAUGUACGGACACACACCAAAGAAAAGCCACACCGCUGUCCCAAGUGUGGAAAAUGUUUUUCGCGGGCGGAAAACCUGAAAAUUCAUUUACGCUCGCACUCGGGUGAAAAGCCAUAUGUAUGUCCGGUGGAGGGCUGCAACAAGGCAUAUUCGAACUCUUCGGAUCGCUUCAAGCAUACUCGCACGCAUUCGACCGAUAAGCCGUACGUGUGCAAGGUGCCCGGCUGCCUAAAACGCUAUACCGAUCCGUCAUCAUUGCGUAAACACGUCAAAACCUUCAAGCACCUGAAUCUGAUAGUACCGGCGGAGUCCGAUUGCAAUCUUCAUGUUCAUAAUCAUGACCUGCAUCUAGCCACGACGUCGUACUACUCGCACUACAGCAACGGCAGCAACAUUGAAAGUGCGAGUAAGAUGGCUAGCGAUAACUCAUACACCGAUGACAGCCGAGUUUCGAGUAGUAGUAGUGCCACCACCACAACAGUGGCUAGCAGUCCCGAACUGGGGGGUAGCGAAGAUAGCAACGUGCUAAUUGAUGUUGUCAGUGACGACAAGUGUGAUGAAAAACUAAUUUUCACUGAUUAUAAUUUCUAUCGGGACCGGGGCCCGCUGGCUAAAUGGCCAUCAGUGCGUUAUCGGAGUCGUUCAGCCUCACCGCCUUGGCCGGAUACGCAUCGAGCCAUGCAAUCGGAUGAAGGAAGUGGCGAAGAGUAUGAGUAUGGUUGCGCCAUAGAGCCGUGCGAUCGCAGCUGUCCGAGAAGGGGUUAUGUUGAGCCUGUUGUGCCUGCCACUGUAGAUGAGUUGCCAACGAUAGUCGAAGAUGACGAUUUGUGCAGCGCGGUUCGGUCGUUGAAUGGUGGGAGAUUGGCGGAGCUGGACACCGCCAUGGAAGUGGACGUUCCGUUGGAUCUCAGCGUACAUCAUCGGUAGUGUCGUUUUAGUCUUUACUAAUUUCGUGUUCUUUUGCCAUACUUUCGUCUAUGAUAGUUCUAGCGUUAGUUUUGAUAUCUUGUGUCCCUUGUUUUGAUAUGUGAUUUCUCGUGAAUUAUUGGCAGUGCAUUUGAGUAACUUUAUUCAAAUUUGCUCACCAAACGAAAUGAGAUUCUUUUACAUUUUUUCUACCUGCGUGGAAUGUUUGUCUUGUAUUCAUUAAAUAUAAAGGUAUAUACAUAUUAAA